UACGUUCACUGUUAGGUUUUAAACCCACGUGGUCCGGGUUCGUUCAGUAGCGCCCACAGCCUAAAACUUCUGACCGACUCAUGCCAGCGACUUGCCCACGUCUAGGACUGCGGGGGCGGACGGGAUCGGACCAAGUUUGUUGUUUUUUUUUAAUUCAUCAGAAUGCCGUCUUACCCCUCAACCAGUUCGCAGACCUGGAGGAGAUGAUGGUGCAAGGUAAACGAAAGGCUCAAAGAAAGUUUGUCGGAGUUUAAGUGGAGAAGUUACGGGGAGUUGAUGUUAGCUAGCUAGCCGCUAGCCGCGCUGCUAACCUCACCCAGUUUGCGCUCUUGUUGUCUUUUUUUGAAUUUCUAAACUGCUGCUGUUGCUGCGGUCUAUGGCGAUUGCUAGUUGUUGUAGAGUUGUUGUUGUUGUUGUAGUCGUCGUAGUGUUCGCGGGGGUGUAGGGUGUCAUCGCAAGUCUGCGCCCGGAGUUUUGCGUAGUCGCAAAGUGGCAGCGCCGCUGAAGUUGGCGUCACAUCCACCGCGUCGCGAGGAGUUUACCACCAGUCGGCGUGUUGAUUGGGUCAGUUUGCAGUUAUUAGCCAGUGUUUCACGACCGCCGGUGAAACGCAAGCAGUUACAGUUCAUGGAUCAGACGGAGCCCAGCAGACUGCCAUCGCUCAACCUGGUACUGAGGAGCCCGGGCUGCGUCGGUCAGCCGCGUGGCGCCGCGCUCGCCCAGCGCUCCGUCAGCAUGGUGGAGACCGGCGGGCCCUCGGGGGCCAAUCUAAGCUGGCCCCGGCCGGACGCGUGGCUCUCGCAGUGUGAAAUCAGCCCGGCUGCACUCAACGCCAGCCCCUCCGCGUCCACCUCGUCCGCGUCCACCUCGUCGCGCUACAAGACGGAGCUGUGUCGGUCCUUCACCGAGAGCGGCCUGUGCAAGUACGGCGGAAAGUGCCAGUUUGCCCACGGGCCGGACGAGCUGCGGGAUCUUAACAGGCACCCGAAGUACAAGACUGAGCUGUGCCGCACGUUCCACACCAUCGGCUUCUGCCCCUACGGGAGCCGCUGCCACUUUGUCCACAACGGUGAGGAGGAACGGAGUCACUCCUUCUCGCGCUCGUCCUCCUCGUCCUCCUCCUCGUCCUCCUCCUCGUCGUCCUCCCUGAGCGUUCCGCUGCAGCCGCCCAUGUCCUCCCGCUCACACAGACCUGCUCUCGUCAGACAGAGCUUCAGCUUUGCUGGGUUUCCCUCUGUUCCCCAACACGUUCUCCAGCCCUCCUUUCCUGCUCGUUGUCCUCCUGCCCAUGCCUCUUUCACACACGCUCCCUCGGCCUCUCCUCCACCCCGCGCCGACGUCGGCGACCUCCUCUCCCACGCCUUCCUGGAGAUGGACUUCGCCUUUGAGGCGUCCCCGGCCCAGCAGUACCAGUCCCCCAUGGAGCACGUAGCUUCAGCAGAUCCCCGCUCUCCAUUCCUGCCUUCACCAGAUUCUGGCUACUCUCCGUGUGGAUUGUCUCCAGGCAGCUCCGCUUCGUUGAGACGGAGUCCUAACGCUUCCGGGCUCCUUUCAGAACCACUUGGUGCUCGGUCCCUGUCUUCCACGUCUCUGUCAGACCAGGACCAGGAUGGAAGCAGCUCCGCUGGCUCCCUCAGUGGCUCUGAAUCCUGCACUGGCAAUAAUGAAAGCAACAACAGACGUCUGGCAGUGUUUAGUCAGCUCUCUGUUCCUUAGGAUGUCACUGGGUUCAGCCUUUAGGCUGCAAUAUGCUUUAACACAAACACACACUCAGACCUUAGGUAAUAUUUGCAAUACACACACAUUGUGCUCAUCAGCUAUCUAUGAGUACACAGUUCCUUCACACACAACCAUUGGUCGCUCAUGUUCUUUGCACCUACGUGGUGUCUGUAAUAAAAAUAAGGUGCAGAGUCCGUACUCGGCACUUGGAGACGUGCAUAUUAGGUUUAUGUUGCUAAAAUGCGAUAGUGUGUUUGUAAGGGACUCUAGUGACAAUAAAAUUAAAAAAAAAAGUUGCUACCAAAUCUAUAGAGCUCGAAACAGAAGUGCUGGAAUCAAUUGCUGCUUUAUUCAACUAGUAUUCCACAAAGGUAUAAUAAUCACUGUGUGAUCAGCCACAUGAGGUACUCCUGUUCUAAACCUUCAAAAUGAUGUCGAGAAUGUGAUGAAGCCAAAGACGCAUGUUUGUAGCUGCUGGAGGAAAUGUAUGUUGUUACAGAAGAGUUGUUCAGUGUUGUAAUGUUGUUUAUAAUCUGGCGAAAGACUUUUCCCCUGGUUGAGACAACGGGCUUCAUACCUGAAUGUUGAGUUUUUAAACGACUGAAGUGCCUGUAGCGUUAACAGGUCGCGUUGCUGUUAAACCGAGCUUUGCUGGGCCGUUGAGGUGCGGGUCUGUUUUUGUUUUUUAAGUCAAUUAAGCUAGCUUGACUUUUUUUUUUUUUUUUUUGCAUUAAUGACAAACUGCCAAAAAAACUGGACUGAGCUGUUGCAGAAAAUCCACAUGAACGAAGAGUCCGAGACCUAAUUGACACAUAGUUUCCCCCUAUGUCGCGUGCCCUUGACGUGAUUUUGAGCUUUGCUCCAAAGUAAAGUUGAAUCAAUUCAUUUUCAUGGUCCUGUUUUUAGCUGCUAGAAACUUGUUUAUGUUAAACGGACAUUCCCAGGAGUGGGACGCUUUUUUUUGGGGUCCCAUCUCCACAAGCAGCACUGGUGGGUUUUUUUUCCAUGUUCGUGACACACUCCUUCAUUCAGUGUUAAUUAUCUCUGUUACAGAAAGUGUAGCGUCCUGGUUGUAUCUUUGUAGCGUGUUUCCAGGUGGGUUUCCCAGCGUACUGUAGAGUUAGGUUAGGGCAUGUAUCCCUUAGUGUUUUAAAACUUGGUUAUUGUGUGUUGGUGUUGUGAUGUAGUUGAUUAGAAGAACAGACACUGUGCUACACCUGCUCUAUUUAAAUGUGUCUUUUCAACAUGUUUAGUGUUAAAGGUGAUAAUCUUUAGUAAAUUAAUUUCUUUAAUUUAUUUUUAACAUAUUUAUAGAGGUCUUUGAGUUGUUAAUGCUUGUAUCAAGUUUAAUAUAUUUGGGUUUCAUUUGCUCUUUUGUACUGGAAAUAAAGUUUUUGUUUUUUGUUUUGUUUUUUUAAAUUGACUGGUUUAUAUAUUUACAUUUACAAUCACACCUGCUCAGAAACUGAGAAACUAAACGCUUUUGACACUUUUCAACUUUAGGUCGCUGUCAUAAUAGCAACAGCUUCAUGUAAGAGUACAGGAAGGAAGCACGCAGGAAGCUGGUGAACUGUCAUUUAUGGUUUUCAUCGUAGAACACACUUCCCCUGUUGUGCUGCAGUGCUGAGCAACAAUCUACACACUGUCAGUUUAUACCUGAAGGAACUAUUCGUAUUCAGUCUCCUGUUAGUGUCUCGGCAAAUGAACCAUUUAAACAGUCACAGAAAAUUAUUUAUAUACAUUUCUUGGAAACUCUAUGUAGUAUACAGGCCUUUUAUAUUCUGACCCAGGACCAGGUAGCAAUAACCACAUGCUUUCGUCUGUGACGUCUUCAUUGGCCACAGCUUCAUGUGCUUCAUCCUGGAUCUUGUGUUCUAAAUGGCCAGAAGCGGUUCUAAACGUUCUCAUUGCAGGUCUGAGUCUUGCCGGCCCCAGAUGCUGGGCCGUAGGAGGGGAACACACUAGUGUACAUCUGUGUGUGUAGUCAUGCCAAGAUUUCAUGUGGAGAUAAGAAGUCUUUUGUUUGGGGUUUAAUCUUACCAAUCCUGGGCUCCCACCCAUUUCCUUUCUCCCUCACUGCCUACAUCCUUCCUCCAUCGCAUUGUUCCCUUCUUUCCGCACAAUUUCAGUCUCUCCCUACUACUUCAGUGUUACUGCGUUGGUUUCAUAU